AUGGGGAGGAGCGCACGGCAGCUCGUCUUGCUGACCUUUGCCUGUGCAUUUUCUUCCUGCUUUGCUGAAGUGGUCCAGGGGAUCAAACUGUCUCCAGAAACCACAUCCUUCCACCAUACGGCUCCUUCUGCUCAGCCACUUUCCCUUUAUCAUUCUUCACCCCACCAAGGCACCACAGUUCAUUUUAACAGCACAGGCUCUCUUAAAACAACUCCCAUAAGCCAUAGAACAACAGAGCAGCACCAGGUGACAACAGCGCCAGGCCAUCACACAACAGCCCAGGCAGGAGCAACCACCGAGCAAGUCACUGUCCAGACAUCUCCCACGGUGGCACCCACAACAGCAGCAGACAACGCAACUGCAGCUGGCCAGGCUACAACCCAGGCCAUGGAAACGGUUACCUCUGCAGUGGAGAACACAACCGCACACCCUGCGUCCUCAGCCAAGCAAGCCAGCACAAAUGCGAGCACAGAAACGACAGCAGCAGCCACAAACACAACCACACAGCCAACAGCCCCAAAGACGCAAACGACAGCUGCUGCUCUGACUACCAUGGCCACCAGCAUGGAAACUGUGAAGCCCACCACAGGGUCAGGAAAUCAGACAACAGCACCUAAAAGUCCAACAGCCACAGCUGUGACCAACACAACAACGGUUCAUCCAGGGACUCAAACAACCAUCCCACCCACUACAACAACAGUGAGACCCACCGCUGCACCGCGGCCAGCCCCCAUCCCCACCGGGACAUACACCGUUUCCAAAGGGAACGUGACCUGCCUCAAAGCAGUCAUGGGGCUGCAACUGAUGGCUCUAAACACACAGAAGCAGCAGAUGGAGUACACGGCCGUCAACCCCAACGCCACACAGACGGCCGGCAGCUGCAGGACGGCGCAGGCUGAGCUGAACAUAACUUUCAGUGGAGGGUUCAUAAACUUCAUCUUUGUAAAGGAAGCUCCAACAUACUAUGCCAAAAAAGUUGAGGCUAGAUUACAGUUAUCUUCUGAAGGUAUGCUUUACUAUGGAGCCAUACGUGAGAAGCUGUUUACAACAAAGCUGGGGAAUUCCUUUAAGUGUGCCAGCAAGCAAACCUUCGUCUUGGAGAAGAACUUCCAGAUACUCUUUGUUAACGUGCAGCUGCAGGCGUUUGACAUUGUUGGUAACCAGUUUGGAGAAGAAGAAGAAUGCUUUCCUGAUAAAAACAGCAAAGCAGCUCCCAUCGCGGUGGGCCUGAGCAUCCUGGGAUUGUUUGUCAUUGUGUUUGUCACUUUCCUGAUUUCCAGAAGAAAGCCGCAUAGAGGAUACGAACGUAUCUGA